AUGAGUACUCCUGCAGAGCCUAAAGUUUCUUGGGCUGAAAAAGGCACACUGUUGCCUCCAACAGUGCCACUGACCCGCCGAACCAAAACACCAAGGUUGGCGCCGGCUACCCCGCCGUCUAAUAACAAGCUCACUUGGACUGAAAAGGAUAAGCUCCUCCCUCCCAUAAGUCUACUUGGCUCCCGUCGUGUAAAGCGUGAAAGCAACACGGAGGCCCGGGAUAAGUUUGAGUCGAAUGGGCCUUUUGAAGAUUCAGCAUCCAGAAAUGCAUUGGAAAGCUGGUGGACUGCUCAGUACUCAGUGAAAUGGUGCCAUGGAGGGCAAGAACAAAGACAAACUUUAUUCCAAUGUUCUUGUGGAUAUCAUGUCAAAGCCUGCCAAGAACGUGAGGCAAAAAAAGGCUUAAAUUGCCAAACCGAGAACUGGGAACGCUGUGUUCCUUAUCCAUUCACUGGCUGCUUAGCUCACCUAGAGGUAAUGGAAAGAGUGGGUGAUGGAGUGAUCACAAGAAUAGCUGGAGCUCCAGAGCACAACAGUUCCUGCCAAACCGCAGUGCUUGAACGUAUUCCCCCAGUUCCACUACAUGACCAUGUUUAUGAGGUAGCUUUAGCACAACUCCGAAGCAGAGCAAGGAAACAAAUAGCAAGAUGGAGAACGAAUGAGCCUACCGCGGCAUGGAUACCUAUAAUUCCAAGACUGCCAAUGUACGGUACUUGUUCCUUCCUACCGACCAUAUGUCACUCUAUUGAAAAGCUAGCCAGGAACUGGGAGUGGAUGUGUGACUCCAACUGCAAUACAAUGUGGAUGACUGGCUAA